AACUCGCUCUCACUUUCUCUCUGUACCUCCCUCUCCACAAACGAUCUCAUUCGCCGUCGUUUCCUCAGGCGAAUCUAAUUUAUUCUAUUUAUUCUAUUUUUAAUUUCGAUCAUCAUCUCUGCUGCAAUUCCGUUGUUUCGAUCUCGCUUAUUGUUCCCGGCGAUAUGCAUUUAUGACCAUUUGAUUCCCUCGUGAUUGGCGCCGACAUUUAUCUCUCCCGCCAGGGGUUUUGUAGGGUGCAUUGUUGUUGCUGAAGAGCGAUUGACCGUUGUUCGAGUGGAAUUGAGCAGAGAGAGAGAGAGAGAGAGAGAGAGUUUAGUGCCUCCAAUUGUGUGCUGAAGCCGGGAAAUGUCGGGCCCACUGGAUCGCUUCGCGAGACCUUGCUUUGACGGAUUCUCAGGUAGUGAUGAGAGAAAAGAGAGAAAAUCUGAUUUUGAAAACUCUGAGGAUGAAAGGCGAACCAGAAUAGGAUCUCUUAAAAAGAAAGCAAUUAAUGCAUCUACUAAAUUUAAGCAUUCUCUGAAGAAAAAGAGCAGUAGAAGAAAGAGUGAUGGUAGAGUCAGUUCUGUUUCGAUUGAGGAUGUUCGGGAUGUUGGAGAACUGCAGGCUGUUGAUGAAUUUCGUCAGGCAUUGAUCAUGGACGAAUUACUACCAGAAAGACAUGAUGAUUAUCAUAUGUUGUUGAGGUUCUUGAAAGCAAGGAAGUUUGACAUUGAAAAAGCAAAACACAUGUGGGCCGACAUGCUUCAAUGGAGGAAGGAAUUUGAUGCUGAUACUAUUAUGGAGGAUUUUGAAUUUAAAGAGUUGAAUGAAGUUUUGAUGUAUUACCCCCAUGGUUAUCAUGGAGUGGAUAAAGAAGGGAGACCUGUUUACAUCGAAAGAUUGGGAAAAGUUGAUCCUCAUAAGCUUAUGCAAGUUACAACUAUGGAUCGGUAUGUAAAAUACCACGUGCGGGAGUUUGAGAAAAGCUUUGCAAUAAAAUUUCCUGCUUGUACCAUUGCUGCAAAGAGACAUAUAGAUUCAAGCACAACCAUUUUAGAUGUUCAUGGCGUGGGUCUUAAGAACUUCACCAAGAAUGCACGGGAUCUAAUUAUGCGACUGCAAAAGAUUGAUGGUGACAAUUACCCUGAGACACUCCACCAAAUGUUCAUCAUCAAUGCUGGUCCUGGAUUUAGACUGCUAUGGAACACUGUGAAGACUUUUCUAGAUCCUAAAACCACCUCCAAGAUUCACGUUCUUGGAAACAAAUAUCACAGUAAAUUGCUUGAGAUGAUUGAUGCCAGUGAGUUGCCAGAAUUUCUUGGUGGUACCUGUACCUGUGCAGAUCAGGGAGGUUGCCUUCGGUCAGAUAAGGGACCAUGGAAAAACCCAGAAAUAUUGAAGAUGGUUCUUAAUGGUGAAGCACGGCGUGCCCACCAGGUUGUAAAAGUUUUAAACAGUGAGGGGAAGGUUAUUGCAUAUGCUAAGCCACGUUACCCUGUGCUUGUCAGAGGUAGUGAUACAUCCACUGCUGAGUCAGGAUCUGAAGCUGAAGAUAUUGCUUCCCCCAAAGCACUGAAGAGUUAUUCACAUCUUCGACUGACUCCUGUUCGCGAAGAAGGUAAGGUGGUUGGAAAGGCAAGCUAUGCUGGUAACUUCUCAGGGUAUGAUGAAUAUGUUCCUAUGGUUGACAAAGCUGUUGAUGCUGGUUGGAAACAGCAAGCAUCCAUUCAGAGGCCUUCUGUUUCCAAAGCAACACUUGCUCUGCCUGAAACUCCGAAGAGUCCAGAAGGAAUUCACGUUAGAAUAUUUGUAGCAGUUAUGGCUUUCUUCGUCACACUUUUCACUCUUCUACGAACUUUGGUGUUCCGUGUAACUAAGAGGCUUCCCAAUGCUUCAUCUGAUGAUCAAAGUUCUCCUGAAGUUUUCUUGGAGGCAACACAGGAAGAGUUCCGUCCCCCUUCACCAACUCCAGCUUUUACUGAGGCAGAUCUCCUCUCUUCUGUACUGAAAAGGCUAGGUGAGCUAGAGGAGAAAGUGGAUACACUUAGAGCAAAGCCAACAGAAAUGCCUUAUGAGAAAGAGGAAUUACUGAAUGCCGCUGUUUGUCGUGUGGAUGCCCUAGAAGCAGAGCUAAUUGCUACCAAAAAGGCUUUACAUGAAGCUUUAAUGAAGCUAGAAGAUUUGCUCGUGUACGUAGACAGUCAAGAAGAAGCCAAGUACCGGAAAAAGAAGUUUUGCUGGUAAGAUGUUUUGCCUAUGGAGGGAGACUUUGGUGACUUUCUGGCUGGCACAAAAAUUUGUCUUUUCUGUACGAAGUGUUUUAACAUACAAGCACAGAUGUUGGUCGUGCUGAGGACACUUUCUAAUUGAUGUGAGUUUCUGUUGAUUACGAAGGAAAAGACUUUGUUAUAAGGAAAUUAUUGUAUGACCGCCAUUGUUCUUAAAUCAUGUGUGCGUGGUUUGGUUUUCCAAAUUUAGUGGUUUUUCCUUAUAUUUUCUAAUAUGAAUGGACUUGAUAAUUGUCAA